AGCAGUCUACAUUUCCAGUAAAUCUUUCGAAUAGCGACUUUUGGUGAUCUGGUGCCUGCUGCUGAACACUGAGAAUAUGAAGCUGGUUGUUCUUUGCCUUUUUGCAGUCUACUGCUUUUCUGUGGCCAACACAACACCAUUGACGAGGAGAAAAUUAGAAGAGGUUCUGAGGCAGUUGAGCGAAGUGAAAGAAAGCCUGCAGCACAGCGACAAGAUGCUGAGUGCUCCACCAGAGAACAUCGAGGACUGCUGCUGUCUGUCAGCCUUGAGUUGCUUCCGGGCUAACCUGAAUCUGCAUUUCAACAUUACAGAAAAAAAACAAAAAAAACUUUACAAGAGCCUCAACAGUUCCAUAACUGAGAGAGGUCUGAACUUCUGCAAUCCAGGAAGUGAUACGGCCACAUGCCAAGACUGCGACUUACAUCCUAAAGUAAAUGUCCAGGAAUUUUUCCAAAGCCUGGAGUCUCUAAUUCAAAGGGCCAUAACCAAACUGACCAUGAAGUGAGAGGAGAGAACGAUCCUGUUGUUACCAAUGUAAAGAAGACACUACGCUGAAAUGAUGCUAAACUUGGCGAAGUCUAUAUGUUCUAGCCUUUUAAAUAUUUAACUUAUUUAAUAUUUAUUUAGAUAGUGGUGGUGAACCCACUCAAGCUACAAAGAAUGUAUUUUUAGGAAAGCUGCUUUGCCGCCACCCAGUGGGCUGGACUUGGCAGUUUUUCUUUCUUUUCUCUUUUUCACUGAAAGUGAAAGUUAAUUUAUUUGUUGUAGUUCUCAAAGAAUAUAAAGUAUAUAAUGACAUUUAUACUAUGUAUGAUAUGCCUUCAUACAGCAGUUCUUUUACUGAAAUAACUGUACCAUUUGAAACAAUUAAACAGAUAACAAAACAAAGGUUUUGGUUUGCU